AUGCCUAAGGCCAAGGAGUUGGCGGGGACGAGCAGCUCGGAGAGCGGCCCGGAGGAGGAGGGGAAGAAAAGAAAGAAAGAAACGUCUUCUAAGUCAGAGAAAAGGCUGAAAACAGAGGCCAAACCUUCAAAGGUGACAGAAAAACCUCUAGGAGAAGGCAGUGAAGAGGAGGGUAUGUUCCAGAUUGGGAAGAUGCGUUAUGUCAGAGUGUCCUGCUUCAAGGGGAAGGUUCUCGUGGACAUCAGGGAGUUCUACGCUGACAAGGAGGGCGGCAUGAAACCGGGGAGGAAAGGGAUUGCCUUGUCUGCAGAACAGUGGAACCAGCUGAAGGAGAUCAUUCCUGAGAUUGAUGCUGCACUCAAGAAAUUAUAA